AUGCGAGUCAAUGAGGCUCGUCAUCAAACAGGGAUUGAAGAAAUCAGGAGAAGUUAUGACAAGGAGCUCCUCCGUUUACAAUCCCUCCUUACAAAGCGUCAGGCGGCAUUCUCGAAUGUUGGUCUCAUCGAAUUGUCAAAAGAAGAAAAAGACCUUAAAGGAGAAGAUUAUAAUUUUUACGAUAAAGAGAGCACUCCCAAAGAGAUCGAACUUGAGAAGGAAAUCGCACUUCAAAAUCAUUUGAUCGAAGGCUUUCAGAAGGAGAAUGAGGCUCUCAUGAAGGAAAAUAAGGAUUUGAAACAGAAAUUGGCCUCAACAUUAAUCCCCUCCGAGGAUGCAAAUGCGAUUGCGGAGAGGCUGGUGCACGAGAAUGCCCGUCUGCAAAUUGACUUUCAACAAGUCAAAGACGAGUUGAACGCCUUGAAAUCCGCACAGGAUUUGGCUUCUAAGAAAGGUGAGAAGGAUCGAUCUCACAGUGAGGAACUUCUCCUAAACACGGAUUCAAAAAUUUUAAAAAAACGUAUUUAUUUUAUAGAUAAUAAUGCUCAGGACAUACAAGAAGAGCUAGAAAAAACCAUCAGAAGGCUUGAAGAAGAGAGCUGCCAAAAUCGCGGGUUUCAAGACUCCCUUUGUAAACUAGAGGCUGAGGUAACCGCAUACUUUCCUCACAAGCUGCUCUUUACAAAGCUUAAACAAACUAAAGAGGAACAAUCGAGAUUACAAGAACUUCUUUCAACGUCGGACUCAAAAUGGGCUCAGGAGGUGAAGGAUCGUCAACGUCGCAUCGUGGCCUUGAACGCGGAAUUGAGGAGGGUCCGACAGGACCACAUUGUAGCAAUGCAAACAGUGCAGGAGAAGAUGCGGUGGCAAAAUCACACUCAGACUAUCUCCAGCCGACAUUUGUCUACGAUCAAGAAACAGAAGCUUAAAAUGUUAAAGUUUAAAACAGAAUUGGAGAAGAAACAAAGUGUGCCGUCUGCAAGAAGUGAGAUGGAGGAUCACGACUUCGCAGACAAUCCACAGUACUCAACUCCCGUCAGGGAACUCCAGAUGGAGUUAAGAGCAUCACAUCAACGUGUCAGUCGCCUAGAGACUCAGCUAAACACCUUAAGCAGGGUCCACAUGGCUUUGAUAACAGGAAAAUCUCCUAAUGAGGCCUUACAAUGGGACUGUGGCAUAGGCGAAAGAAAAUCUACCCAUGAAAGGAUACCCAACAUCGGUCGUCCAGUCAACAUGGAGGACGAGUCCUGCGUUUCCUAUUGGCGUGCUAUUGCUGAAAAACGCACCAACGAUGUUGCUCUCCUGAGCAAGGAGGUGGAUAAGCUCACCAACUUGUUAGAGGAAAUAAGCACGCGAAUACCACCUGCAACAGGUCUGUCUAUUCAACUCAGUGAGGAGGGUGUUUAG